AUCAGAAGCAUUCCAACAUGAAAAACAUUCGUCUGCAAAAGAUACCACCAAAGAAGCAUUGUUCAUGGCGGGAUUCCUGGUGGUUUUGUUGUCGAUGAGUAUCGCCCACGUCUUUUGUGCGAAUCAACCACUGCCAAGCGUCGUGACGACAGAUUAGGUAAGCACAACGCGCGCGGUACCUGGCCACGACACACUCCCAACUCCAACCGCAGCUGCUCUACGACAAACUCUUCUAACUCCGUCGCAUCAUUUCUGAUCAUUGUUUAAUAGGGACGAUCCUGCGAUUGCAUACAUCCCUCGUUGGCGCAAGCAAUUUUGUCUCUACGCCAGCUGCUUCCUGCUGCGCGAUCCCGGCUCUUGAACGCUGCUUUGUUUGUCGCGUCUUUGUCGCACCAAACUCCCCUUUCCCUCGACCACCGCCCCUCCGAUUCCACCACCCAGGAGCCGCACUCCUCCCCACAUUCAAGAUGCCCGAAUACGCGAAGAUGAAGAAUGCCGACCUCGAGGCGCUCCUCAAGGAACGCGGCCUGCAAACCGGCGGAAAGAAAGCUGACAUGGUCGAGCGCCUGAACAAGGACGACGAAACCAAGAAGCCCGCAGACGCGCCCGCGCCCGAGGACGCAAAGGCUGCCGUCCCGCAUCCCGAGGACGAAAUCGACUGGGAUGACGAUGAGGAAGUACCCGCUGCUGCCGAUGAAGCCGCGACGAAGAAGGCCGAACCGACUGACAAUGCUACGACUACCAAGAAGGCUGGUGGUGAAGGCGCAAUCGACAACCCACAAGCUGUUCCCAAUCAGGUCGCUGAUAUCGACCCAGCCAAGACGGCCGAUCUGUCCGUGAAGGAGCCUGGUGAGGAGAAGGAUCCCGCUGAAGCAAGCGACGCCCUUGCGGCCGAGGAGAAGAAGGAACCACCGCCGGAUUAUACAAGAGGGUUGGCUGCCUCGAAUAUCGAUGAGGAGAUUGAGAAGCGCAAGGCACGUGCGAAGAAGUUCGGCCUGAAUAUCGAGGAUGAUGAAGGUCUUAAGAAGCUAGAGCGCGCGAAGAAGUUCGGCGAGACUGGUCCGCCACAGGGUCUGGAUGAGGCGCUUCCGGAACGCAGCCGCAAGCGAGGACGCGACAACGACAAUGAAGCGGGGAGAGGAAGAGAUAAGCGCCGUGGAACAGGCCGGUUCAACGGGCGUCGCGGAGGCGGACAAGACAGGCGUCGUGACGAUCGAGGCGACAACCGAGGCGACAGAGGCGACAAUCGCAGGGAAGACAGAGGCAGGGCAAAUGGCGGCUCAAACUGGAUGAGCGAGGCCGACCGAGCCAAGGCAGAAGCUCGAAAAGCAAAAUUCGCAAAAUCGGCAUCGGCUGCCUAAGAGUUGGAUCAGAUAAAAAGCCUUUCAGCGAUUGAGCUCACAUCGAUUUUGUUUACUGGCUAGGCGGCGUACAGGCGUGGG